GGACAGGUGUGGGUUGCUAUGACUUGUGAAAAAUAUAAGCGUAGGCCUAGCUAGCCUACUGCGUUUGUCAGCGCUAUUUUGUUAAAAGCCGGAAAAGAGACGGCACAAAUCAAGUAUGCGAAGCGAACUAAGGAGUUCUUUUCCUUUUUAACUGGAGGCCAGUAGGAGACCAAACUGGAGACAUUUGCCCCAAUGUCAGGGAUUCCGCUCCUGUGCUUCUCCACUUUGUUGGUCAGACUGACAAGCGCUGGAAUCAAUGACGAUUUGUUCACCAGCUGUCCCGCUUUCUACCACAACAUGAGACAGCCCAUCGAAGCACAUCGUCGGAUAGAUGGGUUUGAAAAACUGUACUGGGUCAGAAAUUCACUCACCAGAGAGGUGCUGGGCUCCUGUACAAGGCAACCAGGGAAUGUUUUACAGCACACCAUUUGCAACACCACUCACUCUGACUUCGUGCUAGAGAUUGUUCCUGAUGGCAUGGCGCUACGUCCAGGACUCUGGCGGAGAAACGCAGAUCCAGGCGACAUUCCAAACAAUAAUAAUAUAAUCGUAAUCGACAGAUUAAGAAACAGCAACGAGGUCAAGGACGGCAGAGAGAAAAAAGACAGCAGCAGCGGUCGUCGGAAAGUACUCCGGCGAGAAAUAAAUACACCCGAAGCGGAAAUAUUUCAAGUUUACGCUACCAUCAUGUAUGUGGACCCCAUGAGAGACUUUUUGGGCACCUUUGUGGAAGUUGAGAAAGCAACAGGGGAGACAACUAAACUUCUGCUAUACUGCCCCAUUAAAAUGUUCGCACCGGUCCAGACCGGGCGAUGCUGGGCUGACUUGGAGGGAGACCGUCUCACGAUGACCUGUGAGAGCCCCAGUGUCUACCCACGGCUCUUGUGCUCACUCUCGGAAGUGAGCGGAGACGGAGGUGAGGUCCAUGAGCUCCUUGACCAGCCCUUUGAGUAUUUGCAAAAGGAAGACAACAGCGGGACCUGCCAAACACACAUGAACCUUUCCAGUGUCACAGGUUCAGAGUUCAUCAUGGACCUAAGAGCAGAGGUGGCAGUUUUCAACACUUACGGGCCUGGAAUGUCCUCGGACUCGGGACCAAGAAACCGCGUACUGUCUAUUAAAAUACACCUGGGCCCCCCUUUUCCAUUCAUUGACCCGUAUUGCGAAUAUCCUAAGAAAUACUUCCCGGUCAAAGGCACGCUACAGAUGUACAUAGAUUGUACUUGCUCGCCGAAGGACUCAGAUCUCAGCUCUGCACAUGUCCAGUGGUACCACGCGGGCCAACCAGUGGGAAAAACUGAUGAUGCCACAGGGGAUGCUGUGGUGAAACUCUUCCUAAGAAAGGACUUGAAUGAGGAGAAGCAGGUAUACAUAUGCCAGGGGACCAACUCACUCGUGGAUGUUUUACCCCAAUUCACAAAGACUGAAGACCAGCUGAUUGUGCCAGUUUCAACUCCACCUGAGCUCAGACUUGGCACCUCUGACUGCCCGGACGUGCUGUACCUGGGCCAGGUGGGCGAGUGCACGUGCAGACUGAAGAAUGUUGGUGCCCCUCACGCCAGGGCCGUCUGGAAAGCUUUGGACAAGGAUAACCCGGUGCGCCAACGUCGCCAGGAGGGCGGGGGGAGUGUCCUGGUGUUUUCUGUGCAGGAAGGCGAGUCGCGGAAGUUUCAGUGCAACGCUUACGCCAGGGAGGUCCCAUCGGUGUUUCUGGAGGUGUCUGAGAUCUACAUGGUGCACCAACACUCUUCCGAUUUGACACGUUCGUCUGAAAGAAUAGGGCAGAUCAUCCUCCUCGUAGGGGUGCUAUCCUUGGUGGGUCUGGGCAUCUACACAGGAGUCCUUUACUAUUUUUUUCUGGUAAAGUAAGAAGACCAACUGGAAAAAGAAAACGAGGAAGACCGACUGGAAGCUAUAGAGGCACAGUAAGAGUUGAGUCAAUUACCCAGGGCCUGGAUGUGUCCAAAUUGGAGAAAGUGGCCAGGGACAGG